UGUUAUUGUUAGCUUGUUAGCUAGCAGACGAACUGGUGAAUGGAGCUAUGACAGAGUAAUAACGUCUUAUUACAUGUGCACGAUUAAGUUAUUACAAACGUAAAGUGAUGGAGGACGGAAACAGAACUGAUGCUGCUUCCACAUCCAAGAGCCACGCAGGCUCACUCCACCUGCAGACUCCAAAAAACGAGGACGCCUAUGAAAUUGCCAUCCCCUAUGAAGAGAGCAACUUUGAGCAGCAAGGAUUUUUCAACCAGAGUGAUCAGAAUUUUGAUGAGUCGCCCCCAUCUGCUGGCACGUCUCAGGUAAACAACUCUUACAUGGUGGUCACCAACCUGCGGACCCAGCUACAGAUCUCUCUGGAGAAAAAUUCUUGGCUGCAGAAAAGAAUUGAGGACUUGGAAGAGGAGAGGGACUUCCUCCGUUGCCAGCUGGACCGCUUCAUCUUUUCCACAAAGAGCCAAGGACAGGAGCAGAGUCAGAGCCAGUACAGUAACGGCUAUGAAUCCAGACGAUUCAACUGGAGGGUAAGAAGAGAGGAAGAUCGUCCCGUUGAACAGAAGACAGAGUCGCAGCAUUUCCCCUCACGUCAGUUCAUCCAACGAAGGCCUGGUCCUCCAACCAUGGUGCCUUCCAAAAACCAUGUAUCCAGUCCACUAACCAAUCAGCUUGCCUCUAUAAAUGCUUUGUUCAACUCUACACAAUCCCAGGCCCUCUUACAAGGCCAUAGCCAUAGUACUCCCAAUACCACAGCCAGUGGCAGCAACAGUGCUACAAGGGCAUCCAUGAAUGAAAUGAGUGGACAUAGCAACAUAGGUCCAGGUAAUACAAAUGAUUCGCUUUCACUCUUGGGAGAAUCUGAUGAGUACUUGGAACAGGACGGCUACCUCGAGGAGGAGGAAAUGAUAUCAGGGGAAGAUGUAAUGCAAGAUACCAUUCACAGCAACAGACAUCAAUUAAAGAGGAGGCGGGUCUUCCGAGCCCCUAGAGAGCGACAGAGAGUGAAAGAUGCGGCUGGAGUGUUGUUUCGCUACAAGAAGAUCCUGCUUACAUACCAGCGUCUGAAAAACAUGUCAAAAGCCUUCCAAAUCCAUGGUGUGGACCGCAACACGGUGGCUUCCACCACACCCAUUGCUGAGCUUCUCCUAGUGGCCCCGGAGAAGGUGGCAGAGGUGGGCGAGUUUGAUCCAUCCAAGGAGAAGCUACUGGAUUAUGCUCGGCGCUGCUACACUGCCCUGGAUGAGGAGACACUUAGCAGGGUCCAGGCCCUGAAGAAAAAUAACCUGCUCCUGCCCAUCUCUUACAGGUUUAGACACUGAGGAGAGAAAGAUGGUGGAGUUGGUGGUUAAGUGUGAAGAAAAGAGGCAGUUAUUUUCUGCUGCACCAGGCCAGCUCACUUCCGAGAGAUGCCGAGAGGCAUGAAGAAUUAUUUUGCCAUCUCAGCGUCCCGAAUAUGGCCGUGUAAACUGCAGCUGAGAUCCUUUACUUUUCAAACAACUACACUUUUCCAAUUUUACUUUUAUUAUCAAAAGGGUGUCAGUUUCUUUGACAAAAACUCCUCACCGUUGUUCCAUAUUGAGGAUAUGGGAGUGCCUGCUGUUGCCGGAAAGGUAAAAAACAUGGUUCUUAUUGCUCAAAGAGUAAAAAUGGCAUGUCUGUGUAAUUUAAAAUUUGUGUACAAGAAUGUGUCUUUACUAUUGGGAUUAAAGAGGGGAUUGCUUUCCUUCAGUACUUAGCUGGUGUAAUCAUCUUAGCUCAUUCAUGUGUCGGCCUCAGCGUUUGCAGAGACACACAGACCUUUUCUUUCCUGAACAAAAUUAUGCUGGACUCCAUAGAUUUUAUAGAAUUUUCCUGUAUGUUUAUAUUUCUCUGUGUCUUUGUUGUAUUAUUGUUGGCAUCGUCAUUAUAUCCUCAACUAUUUUCACAUGCCUUAAUGCAAUUUUUGUCUUGUCCUGGUGUGAGACAUGCAACAAUUUUGGGCCACUUUCACUCACUGAACUCACUGAACUCUUCAAAAGUAUGACACAUAACAAACUGACAAUAGUAAAGACUAGUCCAACAUUAUGAGUUUUUACAGUAACAUACUUCUGGCAACAAGAUCCACUUGUUUUUAGUUUAAAAUCAAAGACAGACAACACUUGUUGGUGUCUUAACAGCAAUACUGCUGCAUUACUCUGUUGUUCCACCAAGCCUUUUUUGUAAAUGAUCCGCACUAAAGUGUUUCACUUCUUAUGCUUCUGGUAUUGAGGCUUUUGCUGUAAUGCGUUUGUGACAAUAAUACCUUUUGUAAAAGA